CUUGUUCCCCCACAACCUCUUCCUGACCACCACGGAAAUCCGACGCAUUGCUCUCUCUCUCUCUCUCUCUCUGUGUGUUCAAGGAAGAAAAAGAAGAAUGGCGUCUGCAACGGCUUCUUAUUCAGUUGUCCUCUCCCUCCGUCCGCCGUCAUCUCCCAAGGCGAAUCUUGCAAAUCACUGCUUGCUUUUGAAGAGCAGUAUACCAUCAUGUGGUAGCUCUGUAGUUGCUGAGUGGAAGAAGAAGCAUAAAGUAUCUUAUAUAUGUAGGAAUUCCAUUCAAGGGGAUGUACUUGAGAGAGGAUCCACAACAAAAAAUGAUUCUGAUGGUGUUGGAUUCCUUAGCAUCCAUCAUGUUGGAAUAUUAUGUGAAAAUCUUGAAAGAUCACUCGACUUCUAUCAAAAUCUAUUGGGACUCGAAAUAAAUGAAGCUAGGCCAGAUGAUAAACUUCCAUACAGGGGUGCUUGGUUGUGGGUUGGUUCAGAAAUGAUUCACUUGAUGGAACUCCCCAAUCCAGAUCCUACAACUGGGCGCCCAGAACAUGGGGGAAGGGAUCGCCAUGCUUGUCUUAGUAUCCGUGAUGUGUCGAGACUGAAGGAGAUUUUCGAUAAAGCAGGUAUCCCAUACACACUCAGCCGUUCUGGUCGGCCAGCGAUAUUUGCACGUGAUCCAGAUGGGAAUGCAUUGGAAUUUGUACAAGCAGACUAGAUUUGGUUUUAUUUUAUCUGCUUUAUUCCAAUGGAUGAUGCUUACAUCCCUUAGGGUAAUGGAGAUCCUUGUAUAUCAAACUUAGCGUUCAUAUUUUACAGACAGCGCUUGUAUAUAUUCAUCCUUUCGGAAAUCUGUAUUCUACUAAUGUCACAAGACAUCAUGCAUUAUUCUCCACGUGGCACCGCAACUCUUAUAUAUAUUCUACUUGGACUGUAAGAAAGAAAUGCAUUAGUGCAUACUAGAUAUAUGUAAUAAUGUUUUCACCUCAA